AUGCUGGACACCAUCAGCAGCCAGUACGACUCCUUCAUCUACUGGAGGAUGCCCAUCCCUCAGCUGGACGUGGCGGAGCUGGAGGGGUUGGGGAUCAGCGACGUGCCCCUCUACAAACCCAAAGGAGGGCUGGGCAAGCUGGGCAGCGAGCGAGAGCGGGUCGGCCAGGACAUCUCUGAGGAAGAGGAUGGCCUGUUGCAGUUCAACACCUUUAAUUUCUGGAGAGCUCCUAUCGCCAGCAUUAGCUCGUUAGAUUUUGAUCUCAUUUGA